GCGGAGCGGAGCCCGGCGGAGCGGCGAGCCCGGCCCGGCCCGGCCGCCGCCGCCACCACCCCGUCUCGGUCUCCCCCCGCGGCGGCGGCAGGAUGGAAGAGACAUCAGUCUGAAAAGCUGUUCCGUUGUGGACUUCGAGGUUGUCUGCUAGAAUGUUCCUUAUGAAUGCUUCUCCUUUGGUAGCUCUUCAGACAAAGUGGGAGUCCUUUGGACCAGCAAGGAACUGUAGAUACCCCGUUUGCUUCUCUGAAUCUGAACGGGACGUCACUAGAACCUCUGUGAGUGCAAAAGUUCAGAUGAUCAUAAACAACCUGCAAAGCCAAGAGUGUUCCCUGGGUAUGAACAAUGAGUAUGAUUGUAUUAUGCAGAAGAAACAAAAGGGAGAAAAGGGCACCAGUAAGAGAGUCACAUCCAGCACCACUUUGCUGCGAAAGCAUCCUCAGUACACCGAGUGUGGCUGCCCUGCUGACCCAGACGACGCUGAAGUGGAAGAGAACGUGGGCUUUGGGAGUCUCUUGCUCGAUUCCGAUAGCGACGAUUCUGUUGACCGAGGUAUAGAGGAAGCCAUUCAAGAGUACUUGAAAGCAAAAAGCAAAACCAGCCAGUCACUGCAAAGGAAUGCAGAGUGUUCUGAAAAUCCAAGCAGAGACAAAAGGUUUAAGAGAGAAUUCUCUCAGAAUGAAAUGGCUAGUGACCUUCUCCCAGUGAAAUUGAAAGCUGAGAUGCUCUCUGAAGAGUACCUGUCUGACCACCUGGGAAUCAGUAAAAGGCUACAGCCUGCUUCCCCUCAGAGCAUCAGCAGCGACGACUCUUUUGAACAGAGCAUUCAAGCUGAAAUAGUGCAGUUCCUGAAUGAGAAGAAGCAGCAAGGAAUUAGUAAAUGCAUAAUUGGAGAGGAUAAAAAAGAUUCCCGUGUGAGAUCUGUCCUAAAAUGCAACAAAGACCCAACAAACCAGCCAAACUGUGGUGCUCUAAAGUCAGGCUGCAACACGCUUCUCUUGAGACACCAUCCCAAGCUACAGAAAGCCGGGGCUCAGCCCAAGUGUUUGCCAUCCCAAAUGCAGGAGGACCCUGCUGAUCUCAGCCAAGUGAACCAGGCAUAUCUGGAAAUAGCCACUGCCAGCCAGCCCUGGCUAGUGGAGAGAAACGAGGGAAGUGGAACUAAUUACUGGGAGACGAAGGGAGCGCUCGUUAGCGAGAGCAUGCACGCAUCGGACUCGAGCAGCGACGACGGCAUUGAGGAAGCCAUUCAGCUUUAUCAGCUGGAGAAGAUCAGGAAAGAGGCAGAUCGUGUGACAGACUGUGUCCCUUUGCAGAGGGAACAGUUUGACGCAAAGGGCAUGGCGGACAUUUCUGCAAGCCUGACCAUUAGCUCAGCAAAAAGUGCCUCAGCGGAGAUUCACAAAAGCCCUAUAAGCAACAAAAGAAAAGAAAUCAAUUCAAAGUCAACGGAGUUGGAAAGUGCCAGUGAUGAACUGAACAAGCUGUUUAAACCACUGAAAAAAGCCAGACAUUUUGCACCUCCGGAAAACAAGCUUGCUGCUUGUGAGCUCACGUUGCAGGCCUCUUGCAGGGCUGACACAUCUGCAGAGCUCAUGUGUGCUGAAGCUAUCCUUGAUAUUUCUAAAACCAUCAUGCCAGCCCAAAUGGGAAGCGACAAGAAGUCACUCGCUGCAGACUCCUUCUUCUCUCCCCAGCUUCUCUCGUCCUCCCGUUGUGAAAGUGACAGCAGCCUCGUGGACAGUGAUGACAGCAUAGAGCAAGAAAUCAGGGCCUUUUUGGCUCUGAAAGCGCAGUCAGAAAGCCUUGGAACAAAGCCUCCCAGCCUGGCACACUCAAUCCAGGUGCCUUUGCCUUCUGAUCAAAACAGCCUCAGUGGUACCCUUGAGCCUUCUCUUCCCAAAACACUGAAGCUAUCACUGAAUCGUAAAAAGAGGCUUAAAAGGGAAGGUGGGAUAGCAAAACAAGGUGCAUCAAAAGCACCAGAACUGCUGGAGACAGGACUUCUCCAGCCAGGAAACUGUUCCAGAGUUCCUGUGCUUCAAGGGGAAGGUGCCCUGAGCAGCCCCACAGAACAAUCUGAUGCUCAAAGGCUCGGUAGCAAAGAGGCGAGGCAGCAGCAGCUGAUGCCUGGGUCUGAUGGCAGAUGUGUGGCCUUGGACUCUGCAAACCCUUUUGUGCAGGUUCAGAGUAGCUCAAGAAAGCUUGUGAAAAAUACCACCCAAACUCAAGAGAGGGAUGGUUCAGGUGAUGAGAGCAGUUCUCUGGAUAGUGAUGAGGACCUCGAUAGUGCUAUCAAGGACCUUUUGCGGUCUAAAAGAAAAUUAAAGAAGAAAUCUAAGGAGCAGAAGUCUCAGUGCAAGAAGAGAGUCAGAUUUAACGAGACUGACACUCAGCUGCUGGAUGGAUUUAGUGGCCUCCAACAAAACGAGUGGAAGUGUAAAAAUGCCGUUCAGGUGAAGAGCUGCCUCUCAAAGCCUAGAAAAGCUGCGAAAGAGAACACAGUCAGAAACUCUGCAGACAGUGGGAACAUCAAACUCACCAGUGAAAAAACAGAAAGCAUGAAGAACCUGGAGUUUAACUCGCAGCUCAAAAAAGGAUAUAAACCUAAACCUGCUUCAAACCCGAGUAACCUGCAGGGAGCUCAGAGCAGAAGGUGUACUCUGAGAGCUGCGUCAGACGCUGACGACAGCAGUUCAGUGGACAGCGAUGACAGCAUCGAACAAGAAAUCAGAAAGUUUUUGGCAGAAAAGGCCAAAGACUCUGCAAAUAAUUCCGAGAUGGAAAAAGAUGAUGCAACUCUGGACCUGUUGCGAGUGACCAAACAAACUGGUGAUAAAGGGAAAGCCAAGCAGCAGCCGGUCGAAAAUGAGACUGACCUCGUGCAGGGCCAGGGUAAAAAGGUUGUGGUGUCUGAGCAAACUGAUGAGUUGAACUGUCAGAGAGCAGAAGGGAAAAGUGCAAUGUUACAUGGCAGUGGGAAACCUGCUUCCUCUGCAGAGAAUGUUAAUCUUCAUACUACUGGUCAGUCAAAAGCUAAGCAAGGUGUGGCAGGGGUUAAAGGUGUUGCUGGUGGUGAGUUACCUGGAAACUUAGCAGGUAAAAAGGAUGUCCCUAACACAGAGCCUGUGCAGAAAACACCUGCACCUGAAACCAGCAGAAACCAAGAUUGUAAAGUACAAAAGGUAAUGAAUGCAAAGGCUAAAGCUAAAAGGAAGAACACCUUUCCCCUAAAAAUCUCCAGUAAAUUUAUUGCAGGUCUGAAAUAUGCCCGAGACAGGAAGAAAUCCAUCCUCCUGAGCAAAAAGCAGAAAGCAGAGCGUUUGCUUGCUCAGAGCAGUGUGUUAGGAACAGAAGUAGCUUCCCAGGAGACAGAUGUACUAAACCAGGGACAAGGAGCCCCCUUGCCAAGAGGUGAAUCCAGUGGGGAGAGCAAGACAGCAAUAAAAGAGUCCAGUUCUCAGCAGCUCACUGUGCAGAUGUCAAGUCCCCACGCAGCAGACACCUGUGAAAGGCUGGAGGCUGCUCCUUUGUGUAUGAAGGAGGAAGCAGAGGGAUGCAGAAAGGCUCCUGCUUCAGAAGACCCAUCGGAUUCACACUCCAGUCUCCUCUUGCAGGAACAGAGUGUGGCAGCAGUAACAGUAGAUAAGGUUUGCAGAGCAGCGUCCAAAGCUGAGAGCAUGCAGACGUGGACUGAGGAAAGAGAUAGCAACAAAGGCAGCUGGGCCCAUGCAAAUUUAGAUCCCACACACCCUGAACACAGUGAAGCAGAGGGAAAAGCAGAUAAAGCCAGCAGAGACACAUCUCAGCAGAGUAUACAUACAUGGAGUAAGGGAGAGGAUAAGCAGCAGGACCAGAGGCCAGAUCCAAAUGUAGGUCACCCGCUGCAGGAACGAAGUACAACAGCAGUAACAGUGGAUAAAACUAGUGGAGGAGAGUGUACAGAUAACAGUAUGCAGCUGUGCAUUAAGAAGGAAAAAGUUGUCUGUCAAGGCAGUGACAGGCAAGAGGAAAUUCAGGUGUCCAGCUCCAGUUUGGAAGGAAAAAGAUCUGUCUUGCAGGAUAGGGAAACAGCUCAUGAAGCGGACCAAGGGCAGGAAGGUUUAGACAAAAGCAGUGCAAAAUUUACUGCCAUACCUGCAAGGGACUGCCCAGAUUCCCUCUUGAAAAAAAAGGUUUCAAAUAUGUAAGUACAUUCUUUUUUUUUACAGUAACAGUCUUUUUAGAAAGUUACCAUCAUUGUCAUUACCCUGACAAAACUUGAGACGUGAAAGGAGGGGAGAUGCAGAUACCUGUGUAUCCCACACACACUAAUGUGAAAAAUGCCUCUGUUGAACAGGGAUGUCACAGGUACACAUAGCUAGUUUUUGUAGAAUUUUGUAAAUUAUUUAAAGUACUCUAAGGAAAUAUUUUUUAUAAUGAUUUUUAGGGCUUGCUUUACUACAGGGUGCUGUAGUUACUGUAGAUAAGAAGCUACUGGCUAAUCACGCUUUAAAUUAUGAGGCCUCUAAUCAUAUAGCAAAAGGAGACCUGUUUGCACACAGAAUAUGUUUGGCAAUCUGUUAAAGAGAUCCUAGGGAAAAAAAAAAACACAGCAUUUGGUAGCAAUGCUCUGCUUUUGGAGCAGAUUAUCUGACAUCUGCUCACAUUGGAGCUGCCUUAGGACAGUCCUGUGUCGUGGAUUCAUGCUGGGGGCUCUGUUCUCCCACGCUGUUGAGUGAGCCCAGGAAGCAGAACUGCAGCAGAGCUGUGAGUGUGGAGAGCCAUCCGUGGAGAUAACAAAUGCAAAUUAGGGUGAAUAAAGCAGGUCAGUCUGGCAGCAAGGCCCCUGUAAAGCGAUCUCUGGCAGCUGCUUGGAAAUACCUUUUGAAUACCCUCCCACUAGCAGAUGAUUCCAAGCACAAUUGCAGGUUGCAGAAAGUGAAAGAGUGUGGCUCUUCAGCCAACAUCAUUUCUCUGGAUUUCACUAGAUUUCCAUACUCUUGGGCUUGCAAGGCUGAAAUGAUUCUUCCUUACUCUCAAGUCUGACUUUGAUGGCCUGCAGUUACCCAGACAUGGCGUUUGGUUUCCUGAACAAACUUUCUUCAGUUGAGUGCCCUUAACUUUCCUUUUUCAAAAGUGAUUUCUAAAAUGUUACAUUUCUGUCAACUUUUCUUUUCAUUGACAGUUUUAGUGCAAUAGAACAAAGCUAGGCUUGCUGUAGGGAGUCCCUCAUGGAAACACUGAGGAUAUUUGCAGCACUACCCUUUCACACAGGUAGUGCUUUCUCUGCCUCCAUUUCCAGCAGCCAGAAUAAAGCAAUUUUUCACCACUACCUUUUGAUUUUUACUACCUUUACAGGGGAUUGAAGUAGCAUGUUCCUAGCACAGAAAAAAGUGCCCUCAAGCUGGUUGUGGAUGGAAAAAAUCCACAAAGUGUGAGUUUAAGCUCUUGGCUGGCUCUUUCCUUUCCAUUUGUGUGAAGUCCUUGAAGGAGUUUGUCCUUAUAGCUUGCCCCUGUGAAUUGAUCUCACAUUCUCUCUAUCCUAGUCUUCUAUAGAACUUCUGUCAGCCAGGCUACCACUUGGUAUCUCUUUUUCUCCAUCACUUCAGCAGUCUUCCUGGAGGCUGGCCUUAAUGUUGCAAAGUGGAGUAAAAGCAGGCAGGAAAGGAGCUGGUGUUGCAGAGUAUCCCCUGGUGUGACGGCACCUGCAGAGUAUUGGCAAGCUACGGCGUAGGGUAGAGUAGAACGAGUAGCUGUGGCAUGUAGAGAACUAAACAGCAUCCUCUGUGUGUUUAUACUGUCGUGCAGUUUUGGUUUAGACAUGUUUUAGUGGUCACUUGACACAUUUCUUACUGUCCAGCCACCUUUUUAUAGCCCUUGGGUCAGCUGGUUGGUUCAUUUAUGAUAUCAGUGUGCUAGAUCAUCUCAUUUUUGUGGUAGGAUACCUUGGAAAAGUGGGGUUUUUAUGUAGCUCACGUGCCUGCCACCAGUCUACACGGGCAUCUGGUGGUGUCUGCCUUGAUUCAGUUCCAGGAUUUGGACCUUUUGUUUGGAAUAGGUAUAUAGGCUGGUCUUUUACAAUAGAAGUUUUCAGAGUACCUUGCUUUAAAAAGGAUUAAACUGUAUACUUAAUUGGAAUAGAGAUGGUGGAAGCACUAUGUACUGUUUGUAUCCAAUGAGCUGAGUUUUCAGUAAGUCAACAUGAAGUGUCUUGUGCCCCUGUCGAUGUGUCUGUGUUCCCAGUGCUACUCAUGAGCUGGUUCCCCCUCUGUUGAGAUGCAAUUCCCAUUACUUUGUGCUUUAAAUAAAACCUAAUUUCAAACAGCACUUUUUAAAAUUGAUAAACUUGAUUUGUAUAUAGGAAAUGAUGUACAUUGCUGAGUUUAUAAUGUUUAAU